GAAGUAAGCCAAAAGCUUCUGAAGCUUGGUCUGCCGCCUUUUUAGUCGUUCAGAGUUUUCACAUCCAGGUACUAGUCCACCAGUGACCCUGGACAGUAACAAAGCAUAUAAAGCCCGAACCCACCUCCCGCCACCAUCAUAGGUUCUAUACCUCAUGUGGAAAUCGGUAAACCAUGGCGUCUAAGAAAUUUGCUAUUAAAUGUGGGAACUUUGCAGUCCUGGUGGAUCUUCAUGUAGUGCCACAAGAUUCAAACAAAGAUUCCAAUUGGUUUUCUGAACAGAAGAAAGAGGAAGUUUGUUUGCUGUUAAAAGAAACCAUUGAUUCCAGAGUUAAGGAGUACGUGGGCAUUUAUAAACAGCACAGGCCAUCAAGUGCAGAAUUCACAAGAUCCAGUCCCUUGUCCUUAAAAGGUUAUGGCUUUCAGAUCACAGCUUAUUUCGUCAAGAGAGGGAUACACCUUCGCUGUAUCCAGAGCUCCAGGAAUACUGAACUUCGUAUAUUUCCUGAGAGAUUCGUGGUGUGUGUUACUCAGCUUGCAUUUGGUCAUGAUACUUGGGCAAACCAUAAUGAAAAUUCGACAAAAAGAGCCCUCCAUGGAGUGUCUGAUUAUUUUGCUGGGUGUGUAAAGAAUUCACCUUCUCCUGCUACAAAGCUCAAGAGGAAUGCUCUGAAGGAAAUUGUGAGAAGAACUGAAUCAAAAGGCAGCGAUGUGAACAAACCACAGCCUAGCACGGACCUCCUGGGAAGAUCUAGUGACUCAGUAAUUACCGUGGUACCACGGAGAAGGGAUGCCUCAGCCAUUCUCCUGUCAGAAUCUGUGGGUCAAGCACAAGAUGACAUAAGAGCAGCCAAGAGCCACCAGGAGCUUCCUGUUCAAAAGCUGGAAAAUGUUUCUCAGACUCAGCCAGGAGACACUUGCAGCCAGCAGCAACUUCAUCCUGGGGAGUGGCUAAAGACGGGGCUUCUAAGCAGGAGCCCUGCGUGUAACUAUGAGUCAGCAUCGCCAGGUCCAAAGCAAAGUCCUAGAGCAGCCAAGACACAGCAGAAAUGCAGGAACUGUUGCUCUGUGGAAGACUUUGACCACCACAGGAGAGUUUCUCUUGGAAAUGAAGGGUUAGUCCCAGAGGACCCGGCGGCAGUAGAAAGGAGCCCAGCUGUCAGGGUUUUGCCAGCCUUAGAGUUGUCAGAUCCUGGGUUGCUUUUGAAAGAAGAUUUGGCAAAAGCCACAGCUAAAGAAGAGCUACAUGCUUUGGAAAAUCUCUCCUCCAGACAUCUUAUGACAAACAACCCAGGGCAGGCACAGCAAACCAGCUCAGCUGCAAUUCUUGAAAGAUUAGCUACAGUUCAGGGCAGCCCCAGCAAGAAAAGAAAGAAAUUGCAAAGUAACAGCAGAGGAUGUAAUAGCAAGAAAAACUGAGUAUACACUACCUCGUAUACACUGAGUAUACACUACCUCGUAUACACUGAGUAUACACUACCUCGGAUUUGGGAGGAAUUAGAGUAGUUACUUUAAAUAAACAAAUAUUAGGAGCUAGAAUUAUGUCUUGCAGAGGUUAGGUUCCAAGCACCUACAAGGUGACUCUCAACCAUUGUGAACUCCAAAUAUAGGAGAACCGACAUCCUCUUUGACCUCCAUGGGCACCAGGCAUAUACAUGGUAUGCAUAUAUACCAGGCAAAAUACACACACACACAUAAAUCUUUUUGUAAAACUGUUUGUGUUGGAAUUGGCCUUCACAGUCACCUCCUGGAGGCUGUUUUCCUAACAAGCUUGUUACUUUCUCAUCAUAUUUAUAACUGUCUCCAGAAAAUAUGGUAUUGACAAAGAGCCCAGGUCAAGCCAAUGGUCAAGGAGUAAACUAUGUAUCUAAGACCCCAGGAGAAAUCAGUAAUAGUACCUUCUCACUCCAUCACUAUGAAGACAUGCUGAUGGAAGAGAGAGAGAGAGACAGACAGACAGACAGUACCAGGUACUGCAGGCCAGUACUUGGGCUGCAGUCCUUGUACUCCUCAAGCUGAGAACCUGACAGGAAGAACAGGUCAGCAAUCUCAGCAUGUAGUUCUGUGAGGGAUGCAGGUAUUGGGGUCUCAGACCUAUGGAAUGAGGAACUGUGAUUCUGAAAUAGACUAAAGUUGAAAACAAGUCCCUAGAAUUUACUUCCUACAGCCUAGUUACCAUGGCUUACAUCAACUGGGUCCACAUGUGGAAAUGUACAACCCUGUGCUUCCUUCAGACUUGUAAAGUAUUUAGAUUGGAUUUGGUGUGUGAGUCACUUUGUUCCCGACUUAUAGGAUGGACACAAACCUAGGGAACUAUUACAUCUGUAGUUGCCAGAAAUUCAUCUCAGUCUUAGGUGAAGACAUGGAAGAGGUGUAUCCUAUGUAGCACAAGUUUAACCCUGUCCUUGUUCACACCUCCCAUAUUCUAGUUACAGUUAAGACAGACCAGAAUCCAAAGGGAGCACAGUGGCCAUUCCAGACCCAAAUUUGGAAAAACUCCCAGGGUAUUUAAACGUUCUCUUCAGUUGUGUAGCCAACUCUCAAGAAAGACAGGAAGCCUAAGUUGUCAACCUGGACGUUUCAUCUGGUCACCCCAACCGCAAAGGACCAGAAACUACUUCCUGCUAUUCCUUUCCUUUCCCACCUAGCUUUUUUUGUUUUCUUGAGCACUGAUUCCAAGAUACUGAGUCCUCAAUGGAAGCAUGAGUAGCCCCCAUUGUACAUCAAGAAGCAGCUCACUCAGAACUCAGAGGGUGCUUCCCUCUCCAGAGCUAAGAUAUUCUAACCUGGAAUAGACGAGACUUUAAUUGUUUAAUGGUUAAGGUCAUAUUCUGUACUUAAUUGUACUUAUACGAAGGAUGUGCUCUCAAGAAAUGUUUUGCUUUUCAAAUCUGUUCUAUUAUAUUACAGGAAAUAAGAAUUAUUGUGACCAAUGAUUUAAAAAGAUAAUAUGUUAGGGUUGUAGAUAGAUGUGGCCUUUGGCACAGCCUUCAGGCACAAUGGAUUUUAAAAGGAUUAAUAGAGUCUGGACUCCAACACGCUGCCAUAUGUUUAAGGAAUUUUGCCCUUAAUCAUUUUCCUUCUGCGUGGUUGAAACACCUCUCUAUUUCUUGUCUCUUGAAUGGUUUUACAAUGGUUCUUUGAAUAUAUGGAUAAAGGGGGAAAUUAAUCCCAAAUAUUUUGUAACUUAUCAGGUAGAACAUUAGAUAUUGUCUACUGUUGGGAAUGGUAUGAGUUUUUAUAUUCUUAAUUACAUAACAAUUUGGCAUUUGAAAGUCUGAGACACUGUCAAGAUUGAUAGUCAAAACCAAGUUCUUCAAACCUUUGAUCCUCCAAAUUAAAUUUAUAUUCAGGUCCCUGUGAUUCUGAUACUUGGAGGAAAUGUUCAUCCAAUUCUAUUGAUAACUCAAGACUUUUCUCAUUAUCUGAGAUUGUAAGCCACCUCCAUGGAAUGACAUUUUAAUAGAUGAAAGCUGGUUAGGUCUUUUUGUAUUUUCUUCCUUUCUCCCUCCUCCCCC